AUGGAGAUAGAAGGCCGAGGCUAUCUUCGACCUCCACCACCGAUGCGAGAGUCGGAAGCUCGGCAAUGCUCUAGGAAGUACUAUCGCUUUCAUCAAGAUCACGACCACGACACAGAGGAGUGCUUCCGACUCCGAGACGAGAUUGAAGCACUUAUCCAUUGUGGGAUGCUCAACCAAUUUGUACGAAACCGGCGUGAUGAAGGAGAACCAGUGGAGAACGCCAUGCCACCUGAAUAUCAAAACAAUAACAGACCCAUUGCUGGCACUAUCAACGCCAUAGGAGGGGGCUCUGCCAAAGGAAGCUCGGCUAAAGAACCUGCUGAGAAGGAAGCCCCCUUGAAGCGUCAGCACAUGACAGAAGCUAUCUCGUUCUCGGAUGAAGACUUAAAAGGAGUUGAAACUCCCCAUGAUGAUGUUGUGGUUAUCUCCCUUGUUAUGAAUAAGUUUGAUAUAAAACGUGUUUUAGUUGAUAAUGGAAGCUCUGCAAACGUAUUAUUCUAUGAUGCUUUCCAAAAAAUGGGAAUGACAAAUGAUCAACUCUAG